UGACGUAUGAGACUAUUUUGAAUACAAUGUUAGAAACUCGUAUAAAUGACUUUGGUAUGGAAGAUGUGCAUUCAGAAAUUACCAAACAAGUACCUGUAGUUCACAAUACUUUACCAACAAACAUCGUGAUAUUGAAACCUGGUGAUUCACCCAAUUGUAAUGAAAAUAUUCAUACAGCAUGUGAAAUGUACCGUGAUGAUUUAUCUCGUGGUGACCGUCUAUAUAUUUCGACUGUGAUGCUGAAGAUUAAGGCAGCCCAGAGCGAGAGAGAUCAUCUAUCAAUGCUUCUUGUAGAAUACAUUGAUGACAUUGUGGCAAGUCAAAAUGCUCACGUGAUCAAGUCAUGCAAAGAUUCACUCUGGUCCUUGGUCGCAAAGUUAUCAUCUGCCUUUGGUGAACCAAAUCCUGCAACACAUUAUUUGUUCAGAAAUGCACCAGAAAUUAGUGAAAAUGGCAUUAAGAAUAUUCUUUCUUUCUAUGA